GAUGAGGAUGGAUACUAUCGGAAGAUGCAGUGUGACUCCAGCAGUGGGGAGUGCUGGUGUGUUGAUCAUCUCGGCACAGAGCUGACCGGAACUCGGAUGCAUGGGAAUCCAGACUGUGACGACAUUGUUGGAUUCUCAGGGGACUUUGGGAGUGGUGUCGGAUGGGAAGAUGAGGAAGAGAAGGAGACAGAGGAAGCUGGCGAGGAAGCUGAAGAAGAAGAAGAGGGAGAAGCAGAUGAUGGAGGCUAUAUUUGGUAGAUGUCACCAAGGGGCACUGUUUGGCCAGGAUGAAGGCUGUAGGGCUGGGAGGUAGCAGUCAACACUGAAUGGAGAGGAACAACUGAACAAGAUGAUCAGGAAACACAGUUGAAUGUAACUAACUAUGGCAGAAUGUGGGAGUGCGUGUAUGUGUGAAUGUAUGUACACUUGCCUGGGUGGGUCCAUUCUCUUUAUGGUGGCUGUGGAGAUCAUCUCUUUCUUCCCAGCUAACCAGAGAUCAAAGCUAUAGCCGAGCAAAAGGGGUGGGGGGAAGUACUCUGCACUGUAGGUUCCAGAGAAUCUUUUGUUAAUAUUACAUUUUUAAAAAAAUUAAUGACCCAUGACACAUUUCAGUUCCUAACCAGGCUCAAAAGAUAUGAGAAAACACAACUGUCUCCUUCCAUCUCUCUGGCUAUGGUGCCUAGCAAUAUCCUGCAGUAGAUGUCCUGUCCAAAUGCUUGCCAAGCAAUCUGCCAAUCAUUUGUGAGUCUUCAUUGCAGUAGAUCACCAGAAUUUGUCUCAGAAAUCAGGAACAAUCCACUCUCUUGUAACUAGACAUUUAGAUCUAGGACCUUAUUGAAGAAGGACAGCUAACGCAUUGCUAUUUACAAAUAUAGUUCCACAGCAGUCAUUUCUAGAUAGGUUUUCCAAAAUCUUGGAACAGUUCCCCUGGACGAUUGAACUUUCCAUGCACCGAGUUAAUGUAUGAUCACCUUUUCUGGACUUAUGCUUCCUGGUUAGGAGAGCUUCCAAAUGUGUCUGUAUUUGCUUCUAAUGUAGUUGAUGUGCUAGCUAGUGCUGUAGAAUAAAGGGCUUUUUCAGUCAUCUCGACAUCCCGAUGGAAAGGCAAGGGGAGAUUGCUGAGAACAUCAGUUAAAAGAAUAAAGCAAUUAGUUGUGGAAAAGAAAUUGGCAGAUUAGAUACUGCAACGGCAAGAAAUGGUUUCCCAUGAUAAAAGGUAUGGUGGAGACAGGUAUCUCAGUAGCUUUGUUAUUAUAUUGCUCUGUGCCUUGGGUACAGGAAAUCUGUAUCUAACUGGAAUUCACUGUUCUCCUUCUACAAGUCUCUAUCUAACAA